AAUCCUUCCCAUACAACAAAAAUGGAUUCAAAGUAGGGAUGAAGCUGGAGGGUGUGGAUCCUGAGCACCAGUCAAUCUACUGUGUUCUCACUGUGGCUGAGGUUUGUGGCUAUAGAAUACGACUUCACUUUGAUGGAUACCCAGACUGUUACGACUUCUGGGUGAAUGCUGAUUCUUCAGACAUUCAUCCUGUUGGAUGGUGUGAAAAAACAGGUCACAAGCUUCAUCCUCCCAAAGGAUAUAAAGAAGAAGAAUUCAACUGGCCUUCAUACCUAAAGGCGUGCAAGGCUCAAGCUGCUCCUAAAUCUCUGUUUGAAAACCAGAAUGCAACAGUGAUUCCAUCGGGAUUUCGAGUAGGGAUGAAGCUGGAAGCCGUAGACAAAAAGAACCCUACAUUCGUUUGUGUUGCUACGGUAACAGACAUGGUGGACAAUCGUUUUCUGGUUCAUUUUGACAACUGGGAUGAGAGUUACGACUACUGGUGUGAGGCAGCUAGCCCACAUAUUCAUCCUGUUGGGUGGUGUAAAGAACAUAAAAGAACUCUUAUCACCCCACCAGACUACCCACAUGCUAAGCAUUUUUCUUGGGAGAAGUAUUUGGAAGAAACCAGCUCAUUACCUGCACCUGCAAGGGCUUUUAAAGUGAAACCUUCUCAUGGCUUCCAGAAAAACAUGAAACUUGAAGUGGUCGACAAGAGAAAUCCAGUAUUUAUCAGAGUAGCAACUAUUGUAGAUACUGAUGACUAUAGAAUAAAAGUAAGUUUCUCUAUCUUACAGUACCACCUCACUUCAGUUCCUAAUUAG